AUAAAUUGGGUCAAAGAUGCCGGAAGAUCAUGACACCUACAUAUAGUCCAAUCAGAUUGCUGUGAUGUAAUUCCGGGAGGCGCUAAUUUCCUCUCAGGUUACAGUUCAAUUGUUCAUUUUAUUGCAUUUUUACCAAACACUAACCGGGAAAUGAACUGAGAUUCUCGCUGAGUUGUUGGCGACACUCGACUUGCUUGUCGGAUGCGUCUGACAUGUUGUUGGUGUUGAGUCAGAGCCACCAGAUCUGAAUUAUGUGCCAGUGUAAACUCACUUGGUGUCAGAUGAGAUUAGAGCUGCUUGCUUGACGGCGGCAACAGCUGUGAGUCUACACGCUAAAGUAGCAGCAUUACGAGGGAUUAGAGGGGAAAUGCUUUCUUUUUGUUUUUAAGGAGAUGUUUUGAUGAUGUUUGGAAAUGAGGGCCGAAGUUAUCGGUGGAACUUGGUGGUGGUUUUGUGUCGGCGUGUGAAAAGUGCACAAUUUGCGUGGACAAACCGAGGGUGCGGCAUUGGGGAUGAUCCCCAGGAUUCUCCAAAGUGGGCGUGUCACUUCAACCGCGGCGUAUAAAAGCUCUCCCUCCAUCUUGGUCAGAGUUUGGUGUCUCGUCCACUUUGCCAGGCCGUCUGUCCGUCCUCAUCCCGUCGUCCUUUUCUAAUUUUAAAAACCAAAAAACCAAAAACAAAAAGAAGAACCGACCGCCAAGAUGGAGGCCAUCAAGAAGAAGAUGCUCAUGCUCAAGCUGGACAAGGAGAACGCUCUGGACCAGGCGGAGCAGGCGGAGGCGGACAAGAAAGCAGCGGAGGAUAGAAGCAAACAGCACGAAGACGAGCUCCUGCAGAUGCAGAAGAAGCUGAAGGGGACAGAGGACGAGCUGGACAAAUACUCCGAGGCGCUGAAGGAUGCUCAGGAGAAGCUGGAGGUGGCCGACAAGAAGGCCGCUGAUGCGGAGGCGGAGGUGGCCUCCUUGAACAGGCGCAUCCAGCUGGUGGAGGAAGAGUUGGACCGAGCUCAGGAGAGGCUGGCGACCGCUCUGCAGAAGUUGGAGGAGGCCGAGAAGGCGGCCGACGAAAGCGAGAGAGCCAUGAAGGUGAUCGAGAACAGGGCUCUCAAAGACGAGGAGAAGAUGGAGCUCCAAGAGAUCCAGCUGAAGGAGGCCAAGCACAUCGCGGAGGAUUCCGACCGCAAGUACGAAGAGGUGGCACGUAAGCUGGUGAUAGUGGAAGGGGAGCUGGAGCGCACGGAGGAGAGGGCCGAGCUGGCAGAGGGAAAAUGUGCUGAGCUGGAGGAGGAACUGAAGACAGUUACAAAUAACCUGAAGUCCCUGGAGGCGCAGGCCGAGAAGUACUCUCAGAAGGAGGACAAAUACGAGGAAGAGAUCAAGAUUCUGACAGACAAGCUGAAAGAGGCUGAGACCAGAGCGGAGUUUGCUGAGAGGUCUGUGGCCAAGCUGGAGAAGACCAUUGAUGAUCUGGAAGAUGAGCUCUAUGCACAGAAACUCAAAUACAAAGCCAUCAGCGAGGAAUUGGACCACGCGCUCAAUGACAUGACAUCCAUCUAAAUCACCACUGGAAGUCCUGCCCGCCACCUUUCUCACUCUCUCAGCUCAAAUCUGACCCUUUUUUCUUCUCUUCCUCCAUUCCUCGUAACUGUCCGUUUUAUGCUGCACUUGCACACCUUUUCAAACACGCAGCAGCAGUUUACUCUGUGCAAAUCCACCCUUUAGUUAUACUACUUUGUGUUCUUUAACCAUGUUUAAACGGGGGAAGAAAUGCUCAAA